CUCUCUCUCUCUCUCUCUAUAGAUACUUCCCAUUUCUAGGGUUUUGAUUUUCUUUGUUGAGGAUUUUUGGAAUUGUUCGUGUGAUUUUGAAGGAAAACUGAAUCGAUAUAACAACAAAGCACGUUUGCAUUUGAUCUCUAUAAUGGAGUUGAUUGGAUGAUCGAAAUCAAUCCACUGAGAUUGUUGAUAGCCACAGUUUGAUUGAGAAAAAGAUUUGAUCAAGUUCUCGAUAGAAGAAGGUUUUGAUUACUCUAAUGGCGUCACCAGUUCCGGCGAAGUCACAGCCUCUAUAUAGCUUCUCAUUACCUCAAUGGAAACUGACAAAGAAUCAUACAAACAAUCACCAUCGCGGCCGUCGAGGUUUAGAUUCAUCAACGUCAUCAUCGUCGCAGCAAUUGCCGCCUCUUGAUACGGCGACGCGGCGAUCUCCGGCUAGAAGACAUUUGAUGAGAGAGUCUGCAUAUGAAUCUGAGUCUAGUCAAGCGGUUUUAGGGAAACGGAAGAACUCGUUACCAACUCCCCUGGCUCAUAGUGGAAAGAAUGGAUAUAUCGUAUCUUCUUCUUCUUUGGAUCAUGCGAUUGUGAAAGCGGAUAAGCAGGCUGAAGUAUCCGAUCAGGAUAAAGAGUCACGAUCGAAGAUCUAUAUUCGAUUGAAGACUCAAUCGAAGAAUAACAAACAGUGCGAGGGUCAGGGUCAGGAGGAAGGAAAUCCGGAUAUUGAAGGAGAAGUUGAAGAAUCCAUGGGUGGGAAGACAUGGAAUUUGAGGCCAAGAAAACCAAUCCGGAAGCAAACAAAUAUGAAUGGAGGAGGGGGUAAUCCUAAUCCUAAUCCUUCUUCAGUUGGGAAAUCGUCGCCGGAAAAUAAAGUUCAGCCACCGCAGACAGUCCAUAAGCGAUCAGAGAUGCGAAGUGGGGAAGGUGGUUUACAAAAGGAGAAGAAACAAAAAUUCUCAAUCUCACUGUCUCGUGAUGAAAUCGAAGAAGAUAUAUAUGCAAUGAUCGGAUCAAAACCAAAUAGAAGGCCAAAGAAGAGAUCUAAGAUCGUUCAGAGACAACUUGAUAAUGUAUUUCCUGGUUUAUGGCUUUCCUCGAUCACUCCUGACGUAUACAAAGUCUCUGAAAUCCCAAUGAAGGGUUAAUAAAGGUGGGUUUAUCAGCUUUUUGACUAUGACUGGUGUAAGAUUAAGAGAGUUGAAGAAGAAAAAGAAGAUGGGUUUUCUUUAUACAGUAUCUAUUUUGUUGCUGGCUGCAAUUCUUGGUCCAUCCAUGGAUCCAGUCCAUCCUGGUUUUUGUUUUUAGAAGUAGCCACAGAUAUGAUGAUGAUGAUGAUGUAAGUAUGAAAUUACUUUAAGAUGUUCACAUCUUUAUUUCCCUUAAAUGGAUGAAUGAAUGAAUUAUUGACUUUUU